UGUCUGGUGUCGGUUGUUUUGUUGUAGAAAGCCUUCCAUACACAAAUAUUUGGACGAGAGUACAACCCAAUACGUUACUAGGGAAUCUAUAUUUGGUGCGGGAUACGUAUUUCACACGCACGUGGACGCGUUCAGGUAUUUUACCUGUUGUAUGCCAUUGAUUACAGAUCCUGCAACCAUGAUAAAGCUCUGAGCCAAAACCAAAGCCAUGGAGGAGUCAGCGCCCUUACUACAGAGCCGGAGCAUCCUUACGUAUGAUAAGGAAACUUCCAGGCUACGCAGUGUCAUUCCGCUUGAUAAGCUACAAAAUGAAGUGACCAGUAUGAUCAAUGAAAAGGUGACACUGGUGGACUUCCGUCUCAAUGGCUACUGUACAGACGCUGUGCUGUGGACUCUGCUUCAGUCCAUCAAGACUCCAUUGGAUAACCUCACAGGUGUGGAUCUUAACGGCUGUGCUCUCAUCACAGACCAAGGCAUCAAGUGGCUGGUGGAUAUCCUCAAACGAAGUUCCAACAUGACUCUAACCCAGGUCAAUGUGAGUGGCUGUUCACUUCUGACCGACAAUGCCCUGGCUUUGCUGUGUGAGGUUUCACCAGAAAUAUGCACUAUUGAUGCUUCGGGGACAAAUGUGAGAUACCUGAGAAACGUCUCCAAGAGGACUGUGAAGACUGAUGCCUGUCCUCUAAUAGACAUCAAUGAAGGUAAAAUGAUGGUAUAUGAACGAGGUCAUGUGAUGGUGGUGCCCCAACCCUGUAUCAGGACCAGUGUCGCCGCCUACAUCAAGUCCCAGUCCAGUGUGAAUAGAGAGCCUGUCCACCAUACAAAACAGUGCAAGAUGGGCAAGCUGGAUGUCGCCCUCACAGAGAUGACCUUGGACAAUCCUCUCUUUGAUGUGAUGAUUGGGAAGAAUCCAGUGCAGGUUAUAAUUCCUUAUGAUGCAACUGCAGAGGUCAAGGACAUAAAGAGUCAUGUGAUGGACACUAUAUCUCGGGUCGUGUGUAAGGAGACAGUCAGCCCCAUAUGGCCAGAGAUGUCAUUUGAGGGAGGAAAAGUGGAGGUGGAGGUGGACUACACGCCAUUCAUGGAUGUGUAUGCUUCUUGUAACCAGAUAAUGGUGAACAACACACUCAGGAAUUUAGGAAAGGGUGAGGUGAUUGGUUGUUAUUAUUCCCGCCAAAUGAUGACCCGCUCACAUCCCUAUUACGAGGUGAAAUGCGAGUCUGCUGACAGUGGUUCCGGGGAGAAAGUUGGUAUCCUUGUUGGCUGUAUCUUUGAUGUCAUCUGUCAUAAACAGGAUCCGAUGGGAACUGAUGUGGAUGUCGGAGGGGAGGUAGAAAGCUUUGAAUGUGAUAGCGGUAAGACCUAUGGAUUUGGUAUUGAUGGGGAAUGGGAAUCAGAGUAUGUGCCAAGACAUAACAAAUACACAUUCUACACCACCAUUGACGGUAAACGUUUUAAAGGUGAUCUUCUAAACAAAAAUGCCCAGAACUUGUCAACCCCGUUCCCCCUGGUGGCAGCCCUUGGUGAGGGAGGUACUAUAAAGGUGUCCCUAACCCAUAUGGUGGAAAAGCCACUGGAGUUUGUGAAGAAGUAUGAAAACAAAGAGAUUCUGCGAGGUUUUGUGUCUGACUGUGCCUUGGAUGAUGAUGGAGUUCUCAGUGCGUUGACAGAACAAGGAGGCUAUUUUGUGAGUAAUAAUGCAGUUUCAAGGUCAAACAAUGUCAUCACCUUCAAACUCGUUAAAGCAGGAAAAGGAAAACUUGGACAAUUCUGUUUUGGAUUGGCAGGAUAUGUUACGGAACUGAAAGAUUGGAAAAGUGGAGCAGACAAAACAAUCAUCUUUAAUGCAGAAUCAAAUCUUUUGUCGGUGGAUAAGGUGGAGAAGAAGGGUAUGCUGACUGGUGGGAUAUCAGAGGGCGACACCAUGACUGUCACAGUGAACUUCAUCAGUGAUACCACCACCAAAGUGGAGUUCAAACACCAGCCGAAAAGUGGAUCCCCUGAGAUAUUCAGCUCAGAAUUUUCUCCUCUGAUGUCUGACAUGGAUUGUCGUGCCCACUUUGUGAUUGGUAUAUGGAGCAAAGAUGCCCAACUGCAGAUUAUGAACUACCAACCACACUAUAGAGUUCCGGCAUUGAUUCCCAAAAAGUUGACUGUAGGCAAGAUUCAUAUCAUGGCCUGUAUGGACGAUGGCCUCCUAACAUCAAGAUAUCUGAGAAAGGAAAAUGGGGCUGAUGAGCCUGCUCCAGUGGCAUCUUCAGCGGAUUUGGCGGAGCAGAAGUUUGAAGGAUGUGAGUUUAUCAUUGUGGGUAUGGCCAAGGACAAUGUUGAUGUAAGUGGAAAGGCCCAGCUUAUACAAGGUCAGAUAUCACUGGACACUGACUUCCCGGCCCUUGACAAUGUCACCAAACAUCUGGAUGAUGUCAAAAGGACUUUUGGUGACCUCGACCUGCAAGGUCAGGAGAAUUUCUCUCGGCUAUGUGCUGUAAAGGAAAACUUUGAAAAGCUGAAGAAAAAUAAACAGCGCCUGCAUUUCCUUACAUCAAACCUCAUAACAGACAAGGGGAGAGAAGAUGUUAUGCUGCGGGUGGAGACAACUUACCUUUGUCACCAAAAGCAGUAUCCUAUACAGCACCAACUGACCAAGGACAAUCUAAAUACACUCCUAGAGGUCAACAAACACCUGAAGAAGGAAAAGAUGCAAGAUGUAUCGGCUGAACUCUUUGCUGCCACAGCAAUCUGUACCGACGUCUUUGUCGGUCUUCUCCAUGUUCUUCAGGAAAAGGGGGACUUGUUGAUUCUGAAGCAUGGCUCCAGGAGGAUAGCAGUAGAAAUGGAGUUCUGGUUUAGUGUGAUGAGCAGUGUGCAGAAGAUUGCUGGUAUGACAAUGAGUGGUAAAUGUGUGACCUCUGUGGGGUCAUCCUGCCAUGUGUGGACAGAGGAGGCAUUUACCAAAAGAUUCCAAGAACUGGUGGGACCUGACAAGUUCAACACCCUGGUACACCUGAUGCAGGACUACCUGGGACUUGUACGGCUGCCCUGUUUCCGGAUUUCACCGACUGAUACAAAGUUUGUGUAUACCAGCCUACCUAAUCUAGCCACACCACCAGUGGCCCUGAGAGAGUUUUGGAGUGGUGGAGAGAAAAGCAACAAAGGAUCCAUAUUAAUACAGAAUACCUAUUCAUUCCUCCAUCGAAUGCCUGACCACAUCCUGGCUCUUAUUCUGAGUCACAUGACUAGGUAUGGCCGCACUGUGCUGUUGACUUCUGAAGGAGGAGUUUUCCAGCUUGGUGCAGUGCAGACAGUGAUUGUCAGACAUGAGGGACUGAUGGAUAAAGGCGUGCUGUCCAUUGAGUCGAGGUGCCACUUCUCUGACAAGCUCACGGAGACGGUGAAUGAGCUGACAGAAACUACAGUGAAGGAAUAUACCUGGCAGGUGUUCUGUAUCUAUACAGAUUUCAUUGAUCUUGUCCUCUACCACCAGAAUAUCACUCCCAUCAUCUCAAGAAGUGUCCCCAAGGGCUUAGUGAAUGUGUCGGUGGGCUGCAGACAUAUUUGGAAGGCUUUUGACUCAAAACAGUUACAGUCUGUUUGUACUCUGUGUAAUAACUGCGUGGAACACGGUAUCCAAUGUCCAUGGAACGGUAUUGUGGGUAAUAACAUGCGGGAAUGUGGCUGUAAGACUAGUGUCACGGGUUGUCAUGACUGCGGUAUCUGCGGGCGAUGUGCAAAGACUAUCUGGAGGAUGCGCAGCGUGUUGAGGCCUAACCCGAUAGUCUCCACCAAAGAUGAUUUGCCCCUCGUACCUAUGGAUCCAGUGGCUUACAAUGAAAUUGAGAUCACAAACCUCAGUGGUGUACCUCCCCGCAUCUGUCUACGCGAUGUUAAUGAUGGGUCCUUUGUGCGCGUUUUCCCUGGAAUGGCCACCUCUGUCACGGAGGAAGACAAGGAGAAGCUAGAAAAGAAACUCAACAAGCUGGACUUACAGGAUACAAGCCCAAAACACAAAUACAGCAACAAUGUCAAGGACACAAUCAAACUACGCUUCUCAGACCCAAUGGGAGCUGUACAUCUGGUAGGAGGAGAGACUAGUGGCGGGACGGAGAUACAGGAAUCUCGUGUAGUGUACCAUCCCACAAUCUCUCGCGAGCUACGGAUCCAACAUGAGACUGGCAUCAUUUGCUACGACACCACCUCUGCAGCAAUACCUGUAGGACAGUUUGUUGGACCGAGACCUUUCUCUUCCACCUUUACAGAAUUUUCAUUCAAGGUGAUGAACUUGGGUGUCAAAGGGACUAUAGUGAUCGGCAUCUGUCCGAAGACAUACCCAGCCAACAGACAACCUGGCUGGAACCGCUUCUCUAUUGCCUAUCAUGGAGAUGACGGCGGUAUUUUCAUUGAGAGUGGCUACCCAAAGAAGACAACAGGCAAGAGCUAUGCAGUUGGUGACAUUAUCCUGUGCCACCUAGAUGUAUCAGAACGCAUGCUUUACUUCUACAAAAAUGGGGAGGAGAUUUACAACACAAAAGUGAACAUACCACGAGAUGGUUACUUCCCCUGUAUUGGCAUGCAUUCCCUCGGAGAAUGUGUAAAGCUCUGUGAGAGGGACCCUUGGCUGCCUAACGAGGAAAACCCAUCUAUUAAGCCUACAGCAUUUGACACCCACAAGUACGGCAACCUGUUGAUCAGUCCUGCCCGUGUGAUAUUACUGAAAAAGAUGGGUAGCCGUGGUAACGUGGGCUGGAUCGUUCUACACAACCCUACCAAAGACAAGAUAGGCUACAGGAUUACUGAGGAUUCAGCAUCAGCAGACAGGAAGUAUUACGUGGGAUUACUGGAUCCUGGAGAAACAAAGGCAUUUGAGUUAAAACCAAAUUUUCCAUCUGUUCAACAUCAAAUCAUCAAGUGGAUUGCCUUGGAGAAGUCUAAGACAUAUUCAAACGAGUUCUUGGAAGAGCAGUUCAAGGCAGACAGUGAUAGUAUAUACACACACAGAUUGCAGAUGAAAAGUUUGAGUUCCCAAACAGAUCUUGAUGUAGAAGAGUUGGCUCGAGUGGCAGAUGAACCAGUUCCAAAGAUCAAGAACAAGGUUUGUCUUGAAGUGUACAAAAACCAGACCCUGGUAGAAAAAUACUGGCUCAACAUUGGAUCCUACAGACUGGAAUUUCCAUCUCCGGACAAGGUUGGCCAGUGCUUGGUCAAGUCUCCCAAAUGUCCAAGCUUCUUAUAUCCUUCGGCACUGCAAAAGGGGAUGAAAGUGGUGGUGAAGGCGGGCAGUGACCUUGCCGAGGCUGUUAUCACGGAGCUGUAUGAGGGUGGAGGGUACUGUCUGGACUACAUGCCUGAGGGGAAAAAUGAACUGGAGACUUUGUGUUUUGAAGAAAAUACGAUUGGAAUUCGUAACUCUGACUGGCAAGAUGAUGCUAAAGUUCUGUUGCUUAAACUUGAUUCUGACAGAGUUCACCUCAACAAAACCUUCAUCCCAGCACCUCCAUUUUUGUCAACAUCGGGAAGUGCCAAGGCGUUGUUGUCCCUGGAUCCUGACUGGUCCAUCAAUACUCUACUCAAGUUCAGUAGCUGUAGUCAGGUUCUCACCCGUGUCACAGUUCAGGAACAGUUACUUACCUUCCAGUCACGCACCCUGGAAGACUGGCUCGAGGGUUAUGGCUAUAACAGCAGCAUAGACUCGACAUUUGUCUACUUACCUCGACAACUCGAUGCUGGAAAUCUUAUGUUUCCACAUUAUGACUCCAUAUUUGAUGAUGUCGCUGUGCACAGGCUCUGCUUCUCAGCAGACCAGCUGCGCCAUUUCCAGCCCAAUCACAAGCUGAAGCUAAAUGUUCCAAUUCACUUUGUUGAUAUUCCUGGGUUUAUUCCCACGGAGAAGAUCCCGGGGGAUCUGUCAUACGGCUGUUUGUUCCAGGGCUGGAUCUACAUAGCCCUACUGGCCCAGAAGCUCCAACUGCCCACUUACAAAAACCUGUUCCAAGGGGACCCGUCUGGUCUAAGCAGGGCAGAGAUAGAGAGUCUGCUGUAUAGGCUACUCCAGCCGUACGCCUCCCUGUGUGGUAUCUAUGCCAGUCAGGUUGGAGGACUAACCAACCAGGAAAAUCCUAUCAACGGGACAGAGAAGGUUAAUGCGCUCAUCAAGGGGCAGGAUACUCCAUAUAUACAAAAGUUCAACAACGAACCCACAUCGGAUGCUGAGAAGCUUGUCAAAAAUCAGAGGAACUAUACCUGCAAGGCUCACAACCUGUCCAUCAACGGCAGUGAAUCAAUGUUUCCCAAAGAUAUGCAGCUCAAGUAUGAAUAUUUUGAGCCCUACAAUGAAUUGGUGAAUGCGUUUGCCUGGGAUCUGCCAGAACUUCCAUCCCUUCCUAAGGACUUCUUUUCCAAGUUCUCAAACUUGGAGUGUUUGUUUUUGUCCUUGUGCAAGUUGUCUGAAAAUCCAACCAUCCCUUCAGGCAUUGCCAAGUGUACCUCCCUAGAGAAUGUGUCCCUACGGAGUCUUGGGGUGUCCAAGCUCCCAGCCGACCUUCUCCAAGGUCCUGCUCUCAAGUCCGUAACCUGUUCAAACAUGGUAGUGAAAGAGAUUAAGUUGGAUUGGCCUGAAAAUAGCUGCCUGACAAAAUUGAUCCUCUCUGGAUUGGUCCUUUCAACCUUGCCUAGUGGCAUUUCUAAUCUCAAGUCGUUGAGGGAACUCAUCCUGGACAACAAUGUCCUCACAACCCUGCCAGACUCUCUCAAGGACAUGCCCAAACUCAAGGUCCUGUCCCUCAAAGGUAUUCCAUGGAUCACAUUUGAUGGUGCCAGGUCCAAGAUAACUCGACACCAAUAUGACAGUUGGAUUAGAGAAAACAAAAGUGUCAGUCAUGUUCUGGGAGAAAAGAAUGUUGAAGAUUUCUUCAACAAAUAUGACACCAACAAGAACAGUGAACUUGAUGAACAAGAAAUUGCUCACCUCAAUCUCCACCUGUUUUUCAAAAUCCCGCGCUUAAAAAACACAACUGGGACAGAAGAGUUUGGAGGAAUACCUGCAGUAGUGUUUCAACUGGUGAACCUCCAGGAGCUGUACCUCAACUAUCAGGCAAUUACUCUUGUCCCCAAACAGCUGAGUCAGCUACAGAACCUACAGAUCCUCGACCUGAGUCACUGCCCUCUGUUGGAGAGUAUUGAAGGGUCUGUCGGCCUCAUCCCAAACAUUAAAUCCAUUCGUCUGACCAGUUGUCCCUCACUUCGAACCCCUCCCAAUGAGGUGGUUAGUCGUGGCUUUGAGUCGGUGAGGGCCUAUCUCAAACGACUUGCAGGAGGCUUCACAGAAUGUCGCAGGACCAAACUUAUGUUUGUGGGUUUAGGAGGAGCAGGAAAAACCAGCCUGCUACAAGCUCUGACAAGUGUAAACAAGAAAACAACAGGUACUCAGAAUGCUCAGCUGACAGACGGCAUUGAGAUCAAACCGUGGACAGUGAAGGCUGAUGGCGGCUUAGACAUCACCUACAGUACUUGGGACUUCGCUGGCCAGACUGUCUACUACAAUACCCAUCAGUUCUUCCUUUCAAACCGUGCAGUGUACAUGUUGCUGUGGAACAUGCGUAUGGGGUUUGAACAUGCUGGCCUGGAUUUCUGGCUCAGCUCCAUUGCCUGCCAUGCUCCCAAGACUCCAAUCAUUGUCGUAGGGACACAGUGUGACCAGGUUCCAAAGGUAGACAUACCAGAGAAUGACCUAAGGAAGCGCUAUCCUCAGAUCACUACUUUCCACUAUGUCAGUUCCAUCAAAGGCACAGGAAUCGCUGAGCUUGAGAAGCAACUGAUAACCAGCACACUGAGUCAGAAAUACAUGGGGGAAAAGAUCCCGCAGGUUUGGCUGAACCUGGAGAAGAAAAUCCUUGCGGAGCGUGUGAAACACAGUAUUCUGAAGUGGGAAACUGUCAAAGGCUUUGCCAUAGAUAACGGCAUAUUUGAUGACAAAGACGUGAAGCAGGCAGUGAAAUUCCUUGAUGACCUGGGAACACUGCAGUACUUUGACAACGACUUCCUACGAGAUCGUGUUGUCAUCAACCCACAGUGGAUUGUCAAUGUGAUGGCAUGUGUGGUGUCUGUCAAACACUCACUCAUACAGGAACACAAUGGCCGCUUUCUGCAUGACCACAUUGAGGAGAUCUGGAAGGCAUAUGAUUCAGAGCUACACAACUGGCUACUCAGACUGACUGAGGAGUUCGAUCUGACCUUCCCCCUCCCCGGGAACCAGCGUACAAACAUUGUACCAUGUCUCCUACCCCAGGAGGAACCCAAAGAGCUAAGCUGGCCAGACUUGGUACAGAACAGUGGAAUCAGGGAAAACAAGCUGGUCUACAAAUUCUCCUACCUUCCCGCGGGACUCUUCAAUAGAGCACAGGUGAGGUUGUUUCAGUUCUCUGAUGGAAAAAUUAUCUGGAAGAAAGGCUCCAUGCUGAACAAAAACAGACAUUUAGCCUUGAUACGACAGGAAAAUGACUCCGAGCUGGUGGUACUGGUACAGGGUCCACAGCCAGAAAACAUUUUGCUGUUGAUUCAUGAGGUGUUCGAGAGUCUCAUCGAGGAGUCCUUCCAUGGAGUUAUGUACGACUUCUUCAUCCCCUGUCCCGACUGUAUCAGCAAAGAGGGAACAAGAGAGCCAUGCCUGUUUAAAGGGGAGUUAAUCCGGCGGGCAGGAGACCUCAAAGCUCCAUUUCUGCAGUGUACAAAAUACUUCCACACUGUGUCAAUGGGCCAGCUACUUGAGAUGAUGCCUGAGGAACAAGACUCGGACUUUGACAUCCACCUACAACACAGUAUAAGUGCAUUGCAGUCACUCAACAGGAACAUGGAAAAUGAUGUGGCCAUCCUCUACUGCAAGGCAGACCUUCCCAAAAUAGACACCUCAAAAGUGGAUCCUGCCAAGAUCAGACAGCAUCUGGAGGAGUCUGGGUUGUCCUGCUGGUACCCAGACAUGGAAGCUGGCACCAAAAUGAAUGACAUGAUGAUGGCUCUGAAAAACUGCAAGGUACUGGUCGGUAUCAUGUCUGAUGAGUUUGAGCGGGACCAGAAUUGCAGCAAUAUGUUCCAGUAUGCGAUGGAGGGUCUUAGCAAACCAUUCCACAUCGCCUGUGUGGGUGAGAGUACGGAUUGGCAGAAAACCGACCUGGGCAUGAAAAUUGGACAGCCGAGAAUGGCCAUGAUACGCACUGCUGAACGCUUCGAUAAAAAGAUCCCAGACCUGGUGGAUAUGGUCCAGGAGACUGUACAGGGAAUUAAUAAUAAUGCCCUGGAACACCCUGCCUGUUUCAUCAGCUACACCUGGGUAAACUCUCUUCAAGCAGUGAAGCAAGGUACAAAAGAACGUCCAGGCUCCGUAGGGUGGGGAGACCCUCGCGACAUCAAGGACUUCCUGGAGAAAAAAGGCAUCAAGUGCUGGAUCGACCACGAACAAAUGAGCAAGGAUGGCCUUUAUCAUGAUAUUGCUGUGGGUCUACAGAACAGUCGUGUGCUGGUGGCUUGUGUGUCUGAUGAGUAUGUGAUGUCCAAUGCCUGUAUGAUGGAGAUUCGGUUUGGGGUGUGUACAAUGAACCUGCCUCUCAUUGUUGUCGUGGUUGGUACUGGACAGAAGUGGAAGCAGUCUGAGAUUGGUCUGCUGAUGCGUCGAUCCUCCACAGGAGUCAACAAGGUGUACAUGCAAAAAGAAAACCCAGAAGCAUGGGACACCCUUCUUCACUAUGUUAAGGAGUCAAUCCCUAAAGCCAGCGACCUGAAGACUGAUCAUGCUAUCAGUAAGAAAGACCCUAAGAAAAAGAAAAACAGGAGGUCUGAGGAGAGUCAUCUAUCUUACAAGGAAGAGUAUGAGUUGAUACAGAGGAAGUUUAUGCGACACAUAACCAACAUGAUCAGCCAGCUUGACCUGCCGCUACUUCCCCGGCUUCUGGUCUUUGACUUCCUAAAAGUAUCAUCUGUGAAGAGGACAGAGUCCCACACUGACCCAGACUCCAAUCAACGCCCAACCACCUCCAAACGAAGGACAGUCACAAAAGAGAUGAGCGUUAUCAAGAUGAAGCCGAUAGUGCUUGACACUGAGCAGGAGGAGUGGGAGGAAGAGGAGAUGUGUAUUCGAGUCCUAUGUGAACACGAGGAGGGUUGGCACUUACUAGGAGAACCACUAACACUGAAGACAAGGACGUCUGAGGAAGUGGAGAACUGUCUGGCGGUGGCCGCUCCAUACCUGGCCCGUAUCUAUGCCAUCCUACGUCAGAGCUCCAUGAGACUCAACUGUCUAAACAGCAAGACUGGAGAGAAGUUUGGAAACUGGCUUGAUGACAAGCGAGAGGCAAUGGAAAAGGAGACCAAGUCAAGCGUGACAUUCCUCCAAGGGUACAUGACCCUGGUGAAGUUUGUGGCAGAUCAUGAGGAGGUGGAAACAUUCACAGAACAGCUGGACAGGUGUCACCUUCCAAGUGGUAAAAUAUCCUGGCUGUGUAAGACCCACCAGAAAGGAAACCGCAUCACCAAACUGGCUUCAGGAGAGGGAAGCAAAGGUGGAGGAGGCAAGAACAGCAUGUAUAGGGAGGAUAUACUGUUCAAGGAACUUUUGGACAAUGAUCCUGAGUACAGAAAGAUAGUACAGGAAAUGAAUAUAAAGUAUUCUAGGAGUGGUACCAUACAGAGAGAGAAAACUAUAGACAACACAGAUAACAACAAGAAGAAAGAAGAGGAUAAGAAUAUCAAGGACAAAGAGAGUAAAGACAAGAAAAGCAAAGAUGUCAAGAAUGACAGCUCCGACUCAUCCUCCAAAAAUAAAGGAGGAGGGGAGUCCACUGGCCCAGUGUCUCCAAGUUCCAGUGCAACUUCCAUUAACACUAGUCGCAAGUUGAAAGCUGCAGGAAAUGCGGCCAACCUUACAAAGAGGGCCAGCACUAAGGGUCGGCCAGACAGCAGGGCUUGCUCUAUUCAGUGAUUUCUGGACCAGUUACAUUCAUAGACUAACCAUUGUAUUGGACACGGGCAGAUAGUAUCUCUCAGAAAUACUUGUAAAAUAAACUCCUGAACUUUUGCACCUUUUGGAAAUAAUUGAUUUUGUCAUGCAAUUCACUGUCCCAUCAAAUAGUAUUGUCCGUCAUUGUUUUAGUGUUGUCAGGACCUGUGACACAGUUGUACUGUACAUGUUAUCUGAUAUUUAGCAUCUUUCUCUGUACUUUAUACGAAUGUCCUAUUUUAUAUCAUACACAAGGGCAUUUUCCUGUCCCAAGAUGACUACGAGCGGCCAUGAUUUGCUCAACUUUGAUUAGUUUACAGUACAAGCACACUUUUUGGCAGCUGCCAUUACGUGCUAUUAUGAGUUUGCUGAAGUUUUUUCUUGUCAAAAAUGUAAAGAAAACAAGCACACACAAGUAAAAUGGUACAUGCUGCUAGCUCAGUUAGAAUUUAAUAAAGUAACAGAAACCAGAUUGACACCCGUGGUUCCCUGAUUCUCGCUUAGUUUUGAGUGUUUAAUUAACAAGCGUACAUUGACCAUAUGGUUACAUAUAUAUGUAUUACGUGUAUAAAUGUAUUAUAAAUGCAGCUAAUGUUAUAGAAAUGAUAAACAAUUGAUGUAAUGGAUUAAAAACUAGCAAAUGAUUUAUAGAUAGAUACAUGUAUACUACAUGUAUGAUAUAGCUGAUGUAUUUUAAAUAUA